UCCUGCCAAAAGAAAAGGGCUAUGGGAUGAGAAGCGAGAACUGCAGGUGCACGACUGAGUCAUAUGGGACCGUGGUGAACGCUAUUCCCCACCUUCCUACAUCACCAGGGACGCACAACUUCGCACAGACCAUUUUAAACCGUAAAACAUUUGACUGUUGGCGUUAAAAUGCUCUCUGGGCAGUUGCCAGUGAAGGUACUAUUGGUGACCUUCCUGAUCUUCCCCUGGGUGCCUCCUGGGAUAUCCUACCCAGCUGAUACAGACAAGGGGAGAACCAGAGUGGUUCAUGUGCUGGAGGAUGAGAGCGGCGCGGUGAUUGUGCAGACGGCUCCGGGGAAAGUGGUGACGCAUCGCGGCGGCUCCAUCACGCUGCCCUGCCGCUACCACCACGAGCCCGAGAGCACGGACCCGGCCCGCAUCCGCAUCAAGUGGACCAAGGUGACCGACGCGCUGCAGUUCGAGGACGUGUUCGUGGCGCUGGGCCGGCGGCAGAAGGUGUUCAGCGCGUACCGCGGCCGCGUCUCCCUCGAGCUGGCGGGGCCCGGGGACGCCUCCAUCAUCAUCCACAACGUCACGUUGAAGGACUACGGACGCUAUGAGUGUGAGGUCACCAACGACAUGGAGGACGACACCGGGUUUGUUAACCUCGACCUUGAAGGUGUGGUGUUCCCAUACUACCCCAAGGUGGGGCGCUACAAGCUUAACUACCACCAGGCCGAGGAGGUCUGCCAGGAGCAGGACGCCAUCUUGGCCUCCCACGGGCAGCUCCACAAGGCCUGGCUGGAGGGCCUGGACUGGUGCAAUGCAGGCUGGCUGGAGGAUGGCUCGGUGCAGUACCCCAUCGCCCACCCCCGGGACCAGUGCGGGCGCAAGGACACCCCCCCGGGGGUGCGCAACUACGGCUACAGACACAAAGAUGACGAGCGCUACGAUGCUUUCUGCUUCACUUCCAAUGUCAAUGGCCGAGUUUACUUCCUGAAGCGCUUCAAGAAGAUCAACUACCUGGAGGCGGCCAAGGCGUGCCAGCGCGACGGCGCGGCCAUCGCCAAGGUGGGCCAGCUGUACGGCGCCUGGAAGUUCCAGCUGCUGGACCGCUGCGAGGCCGGCUGGCUGGAGGACGGCAGCAUCCGCUACCCCGUCGUCAACCCGCGGGCGCGCUGCGGGGGCUCGGAGCCCGGCGUGCGCCACCUCGGCUUCCCCGACAAGAAGUUCCGUCUCUACGGCGUGUACUGUUUCCGCAAGAGCGACGAGAGCAACGACAUCGAGCCCACCGCCAAAGUGGCCAAGACGAGCAGCAACAAGCCCACCAACGCCACCGCCAGAGCUAUUUAGAGAGAGAGAGAGCGCAAGAGAGAUAGAGAGAGAGAGAGGCAGCGGACCGCAUGAGACUACACGGCUUCUAAAAAUGUUCCCAAAGGCAACUGACCAAUUUGAUGUGCAUCUUUGCUGACUGCUGAAACUAAAGCGCUGCUGGCUUACAGUAAGAUGCUGCUUAGAGUAGAUACAGUGCUUGCCUCAUUUUGCAAAAAAAAUAUUAGAAAUGCCAACCCCUCAGAAUCAAACAGGUUUCAGCAGUAGAGGCCCCUGCUUGCCCUGUACCACACUUCAGAUGACAGGCUAUAUAAUUGAGAUCAGGUUGUUUUCGCCUCUCCAGCUCGUGGAGAGAGGAGGAUGUUUGUACUUGGUGAUUUUGUUUAGUGUGCCUUUUUCCCUGGAGGCUCGAGAAAGAUGAGCUCUUGCCUGAGCAGCAUUCAUUUGCACGGCGACAGGCAGACAAUUAAGUGAAUCAUGUAAUGAAUGCAGCACAGUUAGCAUGACUCCCCCUUCUUCUCUUUCUUCUCUAUCUCUCUUUUCUCUCUCUCUCUCUCUCUCUUUCUAUGGCAAGCCUGAAAAAAGAGUGACAAGCUUUGAAGCACAAACUCGAGCCUGGCCUGCACGAUCUCCAGGUGUUGCCUUUAGCUGUGCUUUGCCAGCCUUAUGCUGUGAGCGCCUCUCUUCACAGUAGUCAUUACCAUCUAAUUGCCAUAUGGAGUGCACAACAUUUGCAGUUACAGUCGCUACGCGCAUUACGCCUGCUCUUAGUCAUAUAGCCUAUAUAUAUACAUACAUAUAUAUUUUUAUGACAGAUUUUAAAAGAUGAUAGAGUCUUUGUCUUUGAUGAUAGAGUGAACCAACAAGCAUGUUUGGAGUAGACAUCCCUGUAGCAAUGACACGGCACAUGAUGGGAACAGCUGAAUGUCAUUCAACUCUGUAGAUGCUUGACUACCUCAUCUAAUGUACAUGUACCCCAUUGCAUUAGAGGUCAACAGUUGCACUAUUCAUGAUACUGCAAAUUGGCACAAUUUUUGGUCUGCAUUUUUGGAUGGAUUAAAAUAGUUUAACUUUA